AUGUCCAUUCCGUGUGGGAGAUGCCAAGUGAUCCAAGAUGUGGCCAACGGCUGGGAAGGCCUCUGUCUGGGAUUGCAGCUACAGAGUACACAAUUUACCCAAGAAGAAUGCCGAGGCAUUUGCUGUGACGAUGCCGACUGCGAGGUUUGGCAGUGGGGCAACACGCGAGAAAACUCCGGCGCAAGGCUUGGACAAUGCUACACUGGCCGUGGCCUGGAAUGCCAAAGCGAACGCUUUGAUGACUUUCUUGUCUUAGCCGGCCAGCGUAUCUCCCAUGGCACCGUCUCAGAGACCAUCCGUUUGGAAAAAGGGCGGUGGUGCCGUGGGAUUGGCAUGAAGCAAGCCGACGUCAGGGCAAAAAAUGCCAUCGGCACCUACAAAACAGAAGUUCUGCAAUGCAGGGACGCUUGCUAUGCCGAUUCUGCCUGUUCAAUUUGGGAACAUAGCACACAGGACGGCUGUUGGUAUGGCUAUUCUGAUGAGUGCUCCAGGUCCUUUCCUGAGGCUGCCACAAUGGUAGCUGGGGAGCGCGUGGCUCGUGCUUGUGGACCAGGAGUGCAGACAGAGGAGGCAACUGACUACAUCAAGGUGUUUGGAAUCAUAGGAUUUGUGGCGUUUCUGCUGUUCUGCUUUGGUGUGCUCGCGGUGGGCUGCGCAGCUCUAACUGGCUCAGCGGACUCUUACAAGAAAAGUUUGUCCAGAGGUCAGACGGAGGAUUUGGAGCGACUUCCAGAGCAUCCGACAAGAGCAGUGAUCGACGCCAAGUCAAUGCCCAAGUCAAUGCCUAGACAAGCCGGCGUCUAUGGCCACUAUGGCCACAGAAGGCCUUAG